AUCAAGCAGGUAGCUACUUGUAGUCAUAGAUAAAGGUUAGCUGUGAAGUCUAUUAUCUGGUACUCGCAAGGAUAUAGUAACACGAAUGUGUAUGUGUCAACUAUUGCGUAUUUGGGUGCAUUAAAUAGUAUCAUAAGUAAACUGAUAAUUAAUUUUGUAGCGAUGGCUGAUAUGGAAAAAAUGGACGGUGUUAAACUGUCAGCACAACACAACGCAGACCAGUCAAAACCAGAAGAUGAAAGCUUAUCAUUAAAACCUUUAAUUGAUAGAUACUAUACACGAUACUACAGAUGCGAUGUGGAUGGAAGGCCGGGAGCGGACCAAUUCGUGUUUGAGCACUUCAAUGCACUGUUGGUUGUGGGUGUGUCGCGCUACCACCCGCUCGUUGUAGACCCAUCACCAAUCGAAUCCAUUGACUUCAAGGCCGACGGAGAGCAAGACAGGUUACAAAAUGAGGUGACCGGGAAGAAGAAGCACGGGGCGCAGACAAUCACACCUGAAUCUUUAUUGUGUCGCGUCAAACUUGUGAAUGGUAAAACAUACGAUAUCCUUGGCAUCGUGAAGGGGUCCCUCGUACAGGCGAAUGCGUGUCUAAUGGACAAUCUGCAAAUGCUCAAGAACAAGCCCGAAACCGACGGCUGGGUGGCCAUAAUCACACGAAAGAACAAAUCUGACAAACUUCCGACCAAUUUAGAAAAUCUAGAGAGCUAUGAGAAAUUGCGUGGUACGACGUAGAGUAUACGUGUCACCAACAACAGUCCCUAAGUACUCGACAAACACAGCGUUAUAGUAAGGAAAUGGCAAGACCAAAAAACAUCCGCAACAUCUGUGUUUUGUUUUUGUUCUGUUUUCGAAGCACCUACAGUCCACGUCAAAUUCGAUUGCAACUCUAUCACUUGGGAGCGGGCUAGUUUCUAGCACAUAUCCGCUGCCUAUGCAGCCGUCGUCACUCGAUAAUUGACACUGUUUUCCAUUCCUAUUCGUGUGUCGGCUUUUAUAGUGCUCGUACAUACGUACAGCAACACAAAAACCAAUAUCUGCUGUCCACUUAUCGCCAAGUGGAAAAUAUUUAGUGCGACGUCCGACAAGUAGAGUCGGUUGGUACGACAUGUGCCAGGAUAUGGAGAGAAAGGCAAACCAAUCUCAAUGUGAUAUUUCACAGCAGCUUAAUUCAAAUGGACUUGGCAGGUUGAGCUCUGUGAACGACAUAUGGAAUAAACAGGCAAGCUGAAUGAUUUAAUACUUCAUGCCAAGAUAAGUU